AUGUUGGAUGAUGGGAUGAAGCACCAAGUGCGCAUCGAUUUGGGUCAACCGUUUGCUGCGUGAUCUCCGAGAGACCGAGGAGCUCUUCGGCGGGGUGACGACGAUCUUCGCGGGUCAGUUGGACACUUUCGCGUCCGCUCUAAACGACUGCCCGCGAAUAAGGUUUCAAUCUUCAGGGUACCUUCGCCAUUGCCUUCUGCCGUUCCCUGCGAACUCCCGGUCAAAUCGUCUAUGCAUCCCUCAUCAAGGCAGACUUCUGGCGCGACGUUCGUUUGAGAACAUGCGUCUUAGCUCGGACGCUGAUGCGAUGGACGAGGCUCAAUUGGCUUGAACGCCCGACUUUGUGGAAUAGCUACUCAAAGUGGGUGAUGGAAUUGCCGGCAUACAGCCCUACGACGAGAUCGCCGUACGUUUGGCUCCCCUCUUUCACUCGGCCAAGCGACACUAAGACUACCUCCUAUUCGUUUCGCGGCCGCCUGCUUACCUGCUGCUUGGCGUAUAUGUCGAGUAUCGCAGCGCAGACGAGGUCGUCGAGGUAAGCGAAACUGGGGGUGGAAUGGUGCUUGAUUUGCUUUCGUCAGGAUAUCUGCACUGAACCAGCUCGUCAAACGGCCCGCGUCUCACUUGCGUCUCGAGGAGGGGAUCCCUGUCAUUCUUCGCAAUCUCGACACAGACGCAGGCCUCUGCAACGGUAACCGCAGGUUUGUCUCGCACGCAAUAUUGCGAGUCAUUUAA